AUGCUUGAUAGUUUUCUUUCUUGCUUUCUCUUUCUUUUCUUUUUUCUCUUUUCUCUCUUUUUUUUUUUUUUUUCUUUCUUUCUUUCUUUCUUUCUUUUUCCCUCCCUCUUUUCUUUCUUUCUUUCUUUCUUUCUUUCUUUCUUUCUUUCUUUUCUUUUUUCUCCUUUCUCUCUUUUUUCUUUUUCUUUCUUUCUUUCUUUCUUUCUUUCUUUCUUUCUUUCUUUCUUUCUUUCUUUCUUUCACCCUCCCUCUUUCUUUCUUUCUUUCUUUUUCCCUCCCUCUUUUCUUUCUUUCUUUUUCUUUCUUUCUUUCUUUCUUUCUUUCUUUCUUUCUUUCUUUUUUCUUUUUUCUUUCUUUCUUUCUUUCUUUCUUUCUUUCUUAAAAAAGAAUACCAUUUUCGGUCAGGUUUACGAUGUUAGUAAAGGACGAAGACACUACGGCCCUGGAGGGGCGUAUAGCUUCUUUUCAGGUAUUGAUGGAUCUCGUGCCUUUGUGACUGGGGAUUUCACAGAGGAAGGUUUAACUGAUGAUAUAGAAUCACUUAUGUCAUCGCAGCUGGCAGAUUUGUCCAACUGGAUGUUAUACUACAAUGAAAAUUAUAAACUACUUGGUUAUCUUGCUGGUCAGUUCUACGACUCCAAUGGCCAACCAACAAAAGUAUUGAAGAAAAUCAAAUACGAAAUCAAAGAAUUUCGCAACAAGCAGAAAAUAUUGAAAGCUGCCGAAAAUCUUUUACCACCAUGUAACACUGAAUGGAAACCAAGUGGAAGUCGAGUAUGGUGCUCCAAGAAUAGUCUGUAUCUUCUCAUUCUUUCCCUUAUCUCUUCAAAUAUAACUAGGGUUAUCCAUUAUCUCAUGCCUCUGCUUGUCUCUCACUCCCUGCCUGGAUCUUCUCAUUCUUUUCUUGAAUUGAACACCCCUGCCUUGCAUUAUUCAUUUUAA